CCAAUUUUAAUGUACAAAUGUCGCGCAGUUGUGACGUCACCAGGACGCAGAUUUGUGACGGCAUACCAACUUCCGCAAUGGCGUCAUCGACAACAAGCACUGAGUAAACAACAUAGAAGACGGUGGCACUUCUCAAUAGAAGCAUUUAAACAGGCAGAAUAAAGCAGCACCACCAACAAAUCAUGCAGAAGGGCAAGCAUCUCCCAGUGAGGUGUUAAAGGAAGCUUCCUCCUCAGGUGGUCGUCGAAUCCCUCCUCCACCCCUCCUCUGACCUUUGUUGGCUCUACGAUAAUGAGUCAUGGAUCUCCGGCGUCGAGGUGACACCGUCAGUUCGAACCCUGAGAACCUGGCUGGCGUCUCCCCAUCCAGGUCUCAUGGAGGAGCUCGAUUGCCUUCGCAAGGUGGCCAGAUGUUGGCGCCCAUGCAGAUGCUGUGGUGGCAGCAGAUGUACGCGCGGCAUUACUACAUGCAGUAUCAGGCAGCGGUGGCGGCAUCUCAGCAGCCUCCCAGCUUCGCCACUGCACAGCCUCCUCAGCCCAACGAAGCCGCGCUGGCGCCCGUCCCGGCCGCUGACCCCCUGCCGGAGAACCUGCCGCUGCCUCCCGCGGCCGAUGCUAACAUCCAGAUGAACGUACAAGGCGCGGGCGGCGGCGGGGGCAUGCUAAACGAGGACCAGCUCAACGGGGACUGGCUCGACUGGCCUUUCGCGCUCUUCCGUGUCUGCAUCCUGCUCAGCUUCGUCUACUUCAACUGCUCCUUCGGUCGCUUCAUGGUGGUGGUGGGAGCGAUGAUGCUCGUCUACCUGCACCAGGUGGGCUGGUUUCCCUUCAGGACGGUGGAGCAGCAGCAGCAGCAACAGCAAGAGCAGCAGCAAGACCCACCAAACCUUCAGGAUCCCGACCAAGCCCAAGCUUGGGGGGAAGCUGAGAUGCAACAAGGCCUGCACGAAUUGGAGCGGGUGAUGGACGACGGCACGGAGGAAACCCAGCAAGAGGAGCCCGACUUGCUCACCGUGGCGUGGUCCUUUGUCAGAAUCUUCUUCACCUCACUUAUUCCCGAGGGGUGGCCCCAAAGACCACCUGCCUUACUCCAUCCUCGUUAGUCCUUAACUGACCUCAACUAGCCUGUAAACUCGUUCAACAUUUCAUAAGGCCUUAAGCACUAUUUGAAAAUGUAUCACUCAAGCUGUGAAUGGAUUCCCUAAACCCAUCUGUUUUAUUUUAUUUUAUUGUAAGUCAUGGCUUUUUGAGGAAUAAAAAGCUGUGUAUAGAUGA